AGUUUGCUUUGUUGUGUCACUGCAGACAGUCAGUGCUGUGCGGACUGGCUGUAAAAUCUGCCUGAAUACCUGUUUUCUUAAAACAUUUUCAGGAUAUAUUUCAUCCACUGACUUCUGCAGAGCCCUCGGGGUUGUUCAAUUGUUCACUGAUAACUUGGCUAUGAAAAGAGAAGACCAGCAAAAAUGGAAAAUGAGCUUGGGGAGAAAGAGAUCAGACUCAUCCUGAUUGGUGGGAGAUGGGCUGGCAAGAGCUCUUCUGGCAACACCAUACUGAGAGAGGAAAGGUUUGAGUGUGGCAGAACAAGAACAAUCCAGUCUGAGGUAAGACAUGGAGACGUUGAUGGCAGGAAGCUCAUCGUGGUGGAUGCUCCAGGAUGGAACAGCUCCCUCUCCCUCACUGAGAUCCCAGAGAGAGACAAGCAAACAUUUAAGCUCAAUGCGUCCAAGUGUCCACCUGGACCAAAUGUCUUCCUCCUUGUUAUUCCCAUAGACUGCGCUUUCACUGCGGAGCAGAAAAGGAUUGUGGAGGAGCACAUGAAGCUCCUGGAAAAGCGUGUUUGGAAAUAUACCAUGGUACUGUUCACCUGUGGAGAUUUCCUCGGGAAGAGGACAAUAGAGCAACACAUUGAGAGUGAGGGAGAUGCACUGAAGUGGUUAAUAGAAAGAUGCAGGAACAGGUACCACGUGUUCAAUAACAAGGAGAACUAUAACUCAACUCAGGUGACACAGCUGCUGGAGAAGAUAGAGGAGAUGGUGGGGCACAACAAGAGCAGCUAUUACGAGGUAGAAGAACAGAUAUUUAACAUCAUUAGAGAGAAGCAACGAGAAGUGGCUGAAAGGGCGGAAAAGAGACGGAGAAGGGCCGAGGAACAAAGACAAGAAAUGAAGAUACUCAUUCAAGAAGAGAGAAAAACCAUCCCAAAACUCCAGAUAAUUCUCUUGGGAAGCCGAAGUGUUGGGAAAACGUCAGUAGGGAACACUAUCCUGGGAAUCAUGGAACAAGAAGAUGGAAGAAGAACGGCGCAGUCAGUGGCACGGCAUGGUUUUGUGGGUAAAACUGAAAUAACUCUGGUUGACACACCAGGUUGGUGGAAAAGCCUCCGAGCGUUCGACACUCUUGAGGCAAUCAAAGAGGAAGUGAUGCGCAGCAUGUUCCUGUGCCCCCCUGGGCCUCACGUCUUCCUGCUGGUGAUAGACGCAGAUGCAUCCUUCAAGGCCAAACACUUAGAUGCAGUGACAACACACAUGGAGCUUCUCGGAGAAGGAGUGUGGAGACACACUGUUGUAGUUUUCACCAGGGGAGACUGGCUGGGACCAAAUACCAUAGAGCAGUACAUCGAAGGGGAGGGAGAGGCCAUUCAGUCUCUAGUUGAACAAUGUGGAAACAGAUAUCAUGUCAUUGAUAACAAGAAAGCAGAUGAAACUCAAAUCACAGAGCUACUGGAGAAAAUUACUUGGACUGUGGCUGGAAAUGGUUGGAGCCAUUUUUUUCCAGAUGAGAAGAUAUUUCUAACUAUUGAAGAGAAAACACGAAGAGUAGAAGAAGGAGCGCGAUUGAGGCAAAGUCAAGUCAAGGCCAAAAGAAAAUCCCUGAGAGGUUCCAAAGAUGAAUUGCGGGAACUGAGGAUUGUGAUGCUUGGUCAGAAGACAUCUGGAAAGAGUGCAACAAGAAACAACCUCCUGCGUAAGGAUGUGUUUGCCACCUGUGCGAAUACGCACUGUCAGGUGGAGGAAGGGGAAGUUGCUGGCAGAAGGAUCACAGUGAUCGACUCCCUGGGCUGGUAUGAGGAGUCCUCCCUCUGCACUAAAGAAAUGGACAAAGAAAUUGUUCGAGGUCUGUCGAUGAGCCCGUUAGGCGUUCAUGCUGUUCUGCUGGUUGUCCCCUUGGACCUGGCGUUCAGAGAAGCUCAACAGGUCGCUCUGGAGGAACACAUGAACCUCUUGGAUGCCAGUGUCUGGAAACACACAAUGGUUCUGUUCACAUAUGGAGACAAACUAGCAGAUAAAUCCGUAGAGGAACACAUUGAAAGGGAGCAUCGAGCUCUACGCUGGUUGGUUGACAAGUGUGAGAACAAAUACCAUGUUGUGAACAAUAUGAAGAGAGCUGAUCUGAAUCAGGUUACCGAGCUGUUUGAGAAGAUAGAGGAAAUGGUGGCAGGGAACAGCGGCCGGCUCUUCUGCCCUGACAUGAACAACAUCGACCUGAAUAUUGAAGAGAAGUUCAGGAGAAGGCAGCUCAAACAUGUGCUGAAGCAGCGGCUGGAGGAGGAGUACAGGCGGAGGGAGCUGGAGAUGAUGAUGGGCUUCAGGGAAAAACUCCUCGAGCUGCAAGCUGAUAUCAGGGGGAGUGUGACAAGCACUAAAUCCAAGUCCCUGAUUGGUGACAUGGCCAAACUCAAAGCCAAGGGUGUUGGUCAGAAAAAGAAAGAUGGAAAGGAGAAGAAGGAAAUCAUAGGAGAAAAAAUCAGCCAGGAAAUUGAAAAGCUGGAUAAGGACAUAAUGAGAGCCACAGAUUGUCUUCGGAAAAGCAAGGAUCUUCUGUUCGAGGACUUCAAAGGAGACAGUCUAGCACCAUCUAUUGCUCAGUCUUCUCCAGAGAGGAGAAUAUCAACCAGCCACUUUGAAAAUAUUCUACAAUGGCUGUCCACACUUCAGAUCAGCACAAAUGUUGAGAACCAGCUGACCCUCAACUUCUCUCAGACAUCAGGUUAUGGAUCUGAGCUACCACAGGACGACGUGGUCUCUGACACAGAAGCUGAUAUUUCUGAAUGAAUCAUCUCAAUAGGCUAAAAACAUCCUGUUACUGAAGUUUCACUAUUCAUUGUGUCACAAGUGUCUGUCAGUCUGUGGUAAUUUGGCCGGCUGUAGUCAGAAGUAUUCUUGGUUUUGGUAGACACUUUACAAACAUUCCAAUCAUUAAACUGUAUAACUAUAUUUCCCAUUAUUUUUAGGUAAUGUAUUAUAUCCCCGUCUUCUACAAUACACUAAUUACUCAAUACAUUGUCUCCAUUAUGUACCAAACAUUAUUAUUUGAUGUGAUAGCCAGUUGUAAUGGGCACAUCUAACCUGUAUAGAGACUGUUUUUUAUUUAUUUUAUUUGCCCAAGAAAGUAAUCCAAGGUGAAGGGAAGGCAAUCUGGAAACCUUACUGGAUUUGUAUUCAUGUGGAAGCUGCAGCGAGAUGAUAAAAUUCAGCACAUAAUGUACAUUUUCUCUCUAUUUUGAAAAGGAAAGACCAUAUCUUUGCAAUUUACUGUCAGAGUGUACUGUGGAAAUUCCACUAAUUUAAUUAAAACAAAUAAGUAGUACCAGAAGUAUAAUGUGUACAGUAUUUAGUUACAUUUUGAAACUAAAAUAUCAGCUGAUUUUGUCAUGCAUAGUAUAUUAUAACUAACUAUAAAGCAUGUUUUAUUGUUAUGUUGGGGGAUUUUUAUUAUUUUAUUGUUAUGAAUGAAAAUGGAAAGGAAAAUGCAUUUUCCUCAUGGUUAUCUGACAUCUGUCAGAGGAAGGUAUGCCCUAAAGUUAAGGAUAUCGAUUUGCCAACAUGUCAACAGAAUACAGAUGUUUGUUGUGCCACUGAAAGCAUCUGUUCAUGUCAUCAAUUUCUUCCUCUGCACAAAUCAAUACAUAAGUCAUCUGUUUCAGUUUAGACCAAGACACUCUUCUUCCCCUCAUUAAAAAGUGUAAGUUGGUACAAUUUCAAAGAGAAAGUUAACUCCCACUCGCAAUAAAGCUUUUUUCCCACGCACUGAGUGUGAUAAUACAAUGUGGCCUAUUAUAUGUAUUAUGUAUGUAAUAAACAGUAUGAACAGGGAUGUAUUGUUGAGGUGGGAAAUAGACAUCUUUUGGUGGAGCCCAAUCGACACCAGAUUUUUGUGCCAAUAUGGAUGUACAUAUUCUAAAUUAUAUUUUUGGCAUUUUGCUUUAUUUGACAUAACAGUAGAGAGCGACAGGAAAGGCAGGGGAGAGAGGAGAUGACAGGCAUUGAACCCAGGCCGCUGCAGUAUGGGCUCAACUGAAAUAUAUAAUGCCAACAAUCUGUGAUAAGCCAAUAUCGGCCAACAUAUUGACACAUUUAUCAGUCUAGCUCUAGCAUGAGCUCAUAAACACAUAAAGCUCUACUGUAUUGGAGUAAAGCCAAUAUUUGCCAACUUUGUAUGAUAAUCUUAAGAAAACUACCACAGAUUUUCUAGUCAUCAUAAAAAUACUUGAUAGAUAAUAUUAAAAUAUUUGAGCAGAAUGUGUGUGUGUUGUCAAAUUUGUUGUCAAAAUGUAGGCCUAAUUCAGAAACUGGAAUUAAAGUCUGUCCUUUUACUCUUA